CCCCCCCGUCACGCAGAUCUGCGGAACGCUCGUGCGCACUCCAAACACUCUAGACACGCAUGAUGUGAACGUGAAACUUCAGUUUAAAAAGUGCAGCUGGAGCUGAAGUGGGACAGAGAGACACAUCGGAGACAGGCAGCAUGGACGGAAACGGGGGCGAGCACGAGAACGUGGACGUGCACGCGGGGAAAGGAGACCUCCAGCACAGUGUGUUUGUUAACAAGAGUGUGGCUCUGGAGAAAAUAAAGUGCUAUGGCUUCGACAUGGACUACACUCUUGCUGUAUACAAAUCUCCUGAAUAUGAAGACCUGGGGUUUGAGAUGCUGAGAGACAGACUGGUGUCCAUCGGCUACCCACACGAGCUGCUGCGCUACACGUACGACCCCACGUUCCCCACACGAGGUUUGGUGUAUGACACGACCUACGGGAAUCUGCUAAAGGUGGACUCGCAUGGAAACGUCCUAGUGUGCACACACGGCUUUGUUUACCUGAAAGGAGUGGAGAUUCAGCAGUACUACCCCAAUGGAUUCAUCCAGAGAGACGACAUAGCGCGAUUCUACAUCCUCAACACGCUCUUUAACCUCUCAGAGACGUACCUGUACGCGUGCCUCGUGGACUUCUUUACCAACUCCACCCGAUACCAGACCCACCAGCAGGGAUUUAAGCAUGGUGACCUUUUCAUGUCAUUCAAAAGUAUGUUUCAGGACGUUCGAGACGCAAUGAAUUACAUUCACGACACGGGCUCUCUGAAGGAGAGGACGCUGCUGAAUCUGGAGAAAUAUGUGAUCAGGGAUCCUCGAAUUCCCGUGAUGCUGACCCGCAUAAAAGAGGUUGCGAAGGUGUUCCUGGCCACCAACAGUGAUUAUAACUACACUGAGGCCAUCAUGAAGUACAUGUUAGAUUUUCCACCUGAUUCAAAGUACCCAGAAAAGUCAUGGCGGUCGUUUUUUGACCUGGUGGUAGUGGACACACGGAAGCCGCUGUUUUUUGCUGGGGGGACGGUGCUGAGACAGGUGGACACGAACUCCGGAAAGCUGAAGAUAGGAACGUACACGGGAGACCUGCAGCACGACACUGUCUACUCUGGAGGUUCCUCAGAUAUCAUCUGUGACUUGCUGGACGUGAAGGGGAAAGAGAUCCUCUACGUGGGAGACCAUAUAUUCGGGGACAUUCUGAAGUCUAAGAAGCGUCAGGGUUGGAAAACCUUCCUGGUGAUACCCGAGCUGAUCAAGGAGCUCCAGGUGUGGACGGACAGGCAUGAAAUGUUCGAGGAGCUGAGGCAGCUUGAUAUUUACCUCGCCGAGCUACACAAGGAUUCGGCCUUCGGAGGUGGAUCGGAUGUUAAUCUCAUCCAGAGCAAGGUUAAGAUGGUGACUUACGGGAUGGAGCUGUGUUAUGGAAAGAUGGGAAGUCUGCUACGCAGUGGCUCCACAAAAACCCUGUUUGCCAGUCAGCUUCUGAGAUACGCCGAUCUGUACGCUGCGUCCUGCAUCAACCUGCUGUACUAUCCACUCAGCUACCUGUUCAGAGCGCCCUUCGUAGUGAUGCCCCAUGAGUCGGCUGCGGACCCUCACACCAGAGACCUGUCCGUCCCGGAUCUCUCAGCCAUCCUCCGAAACACAUCCAUCAAGAGGCGGUGUCAGUGUGACGGUGAGAACUGUGGGCUGGAGAACUGCGAACAGAACAGGAGAACGCAGCCAUAACUGUGGAGAUGUGAGCGUCUGAAUGCCUGUACGCUGAUUUUUAUUAUUAUUAUUAUUAUUAUUUUUUUACGUGGCUUAGAAUUGACUGUUAAACCCAGAGAACCUACGCAAUAUACUGCACUCCUACCUUAUAGGAAUACUUCACAUGACAACGCUAGUUUUGCUAAUUAAACAUAAUUAUUCGGAGCGAACCUGUUGUAACUGGCCACUGUUGGACAUUAUUAAUGAUGAGCUGGGCUGUUGGAUGAACUGUUCCUUGGAGCUCUUUAAAUGAUAUUUGUACAGUAAUUUGUCUGCUUGAAAGUGAAGAUUUGAACCCAUCGACGAGCAAAGCAUUUAAAAUGUCACAUGACGGACAGUUACGUCAGAAUCGGAUCGGUUAUCUAUAACAGCACGGCUCACGGUGAUCCGUCGGGGCUGACGAUGUUUAUUUAUUAAAGAAGGACAUUUGAAUUUUUCUAAGAAAAAAAAAAAGGUUCAUGAAACAAAAAACGGAGCUUGUCGUGUUACCGAGAAAACCCUGAAAGCACAAAGUCCUCAGUCCUCAGACUGUUACGAAGCAUUGUAACAAAGCACCGACACUGGAGACUCCUUCCGCGAACGUUAAACGAACAUCCUCUAACAGAACAUCCUCUCCAUACCAUUGUUACUAUGUUUAAAGAAGGAGCACAUUAAUAUCAUUUGCACUGAUUUGUAUUAAACCCAGAACUAUUGUCGGAGCUACUGUUAGAGAAAAAUGACUCAACACCUUCUGAACAAUCACCACUAUAAAAACACAACCGAAAAAAAUAUAACAGCGACUAGCUUUUAUUUUGAACUUCGUAUUUUUGUUAUUUUCAACAAUUUCAUUAACGUUAAUGUUCUAACGAAACGCAAUCGUGUAGUUCAUCCAUCUAACGUAGAACGCUAAAUUUGGUUAGCUAUAUCUGUUGUGCCGUGGUGAGUGUCGUCACGGGCACUAAUAUUUAUCACGUAUUGUCGUCUCGUUAUUCUGACAUGGCGUGAACACACACUCGGUCGUCUGUCACAAUGUAAAUCAGUGAAAAUGCUAACAUUCAGUUCUUAUAGAGUGGAGCUCCAAAAUGGAGACCCCCACCCCCCCCAAACACAGCAAAAUGAAGAUCCCAAUUUAAAUGGUUAAAGUUGUGUGAACACAGUUGCUAGGGAAAGUGAAUGCAGAGCAGAGGAUUAGCUAGCUAAUGACUGAAGCUGACGACUUAGCGAGCUAGCAUGUUGCUGUUCAGUUGUUUAUACAGACAGUAUAAAAGGCAGGAUGACAGUGGAAACCAGACAAAACAAUCGACAAUGACAACAUUUCUCUCAGAUGUGUUAGUAAACUAGUGAAAGAAAGACGCCGUGCGAGUCAAAUUCAACGUCGCAUCACGCUAUAUGUUGAGAAAUUUCCGGAUCUCGUCGAAAGGUGUCAAAAAGCUCCAAGGUCGGAAGUCCAUGUCGAAUCUUUUCGUAAUAACAAUCGUAUAUGAACGUAGACGUCUUGCUUGCUAAAGACAACACCAUUGCGGAUUUAGCUUGCGGUAAAGUGCCAUGUUCUGGGAUUAGGUUCUGUUUUUUUUUAACAACAUGCACUAUCAUGAAAAAAGGGUACUAUUCCUUGUCGCUGGAGUGGUACCAUAAAGUGUAACCCUUUGUACCCUUAACGUAUCUUUUUGGAAAGAAAGGUAAAGCACAACACUCCAUUUAUGUACCUUAAAUCUGAAAUUUUUAAAGGUAGAACAGGUGUUAUAUAUAUAUAUAUAUAUAUAUAUAUAUAUAUAUAUAUAUAUAUAUAUAUAUAUAUAUAUAUUAAAAGGUACACAAGAUGAUGAUACAACUGCAGUGACAAACAAAAGUACAUGCACAGUCGAGGUCAUAAGUUUACAUACACCUACCUGAUUGCUGUAAAUUGUUCUGAAGCAAAAUAAUAAGAAUAUACACCGAUCGUCCCGCUCAAAAGUUUACACCCCCCUGGCUCUUAAUGUAUCGUGUCGCCUACUUGAGCAUCAGUGAACGUUUUGCACCUUUUGUAAUAGUCGUGUACGAGUCCCUCGGUCGCCCUCAGCGUGAAAAGAUGGAUCUCGACAUCAUAUUUGGAUGGAAAGGAGUUAAAUAUGCAUCAGAUGCCGGAAAAGCACAGAACAGUGUGCAGUUUAACUGCUCAGGACAGACAAGGGACUCAUGAACGACUCGUUGGUCAUCCAACGACACAGGGUAUUAAGAAUCGCGCGUGUGUAAACUUCUGAACGGGUUCGUUUGUGUAAAUUCAGUUCUUAUUGUGUCUUGUGGACUAUAUGUAAACAUCUGCUAUGUGAAAUAGUUUAUUCAGGACAGGACUAAAUAUAUAUUUUUUAAAAAACCCUAAAUGCAAUUUCAGUUUAUCAUCCCGCUUAUUUUUAUUAUUAUUAUUAUUAUUAUUAUUAUUAUUAUUAUUUUUAAGUGAACAUUUUGCGGAUUCUGCAAGGGGUAUGUCAACUUCUGACCUCAACUGUAAACUCAGUGCUUAUUUUUUUCUGAGAGUAAUGUAUUAAUAAAUGUGUCUCCAUGCGCAGUAGUCAUAUAUUUUUACUCUUUUGUUGUGUUACGAUCAUCCCGAUUGAUCGGAGACCAUUUCUGUGCGAUUCUCCGACAAACCCAAAUCGGUCUGGUGUAAAUAACGCAGAACCAUGAGGUGUUCCUCAACACUUCAGCAAAGAAGUCCUAAUACUAUAUCACACUCAUAAUAUUCCCAUCGUAUACAGUACAUUUCAUCCAGUACUUGCCUUUAAAACAACAUUCUUCAUAGUGAGGAUUGAAGAUGAGCACUAUGACACUUAAGCCACUUAUCUCAGGUUCAGGUUGUUAUUAGGUGAAGAAGGUGUGUGAGAGAACUGUGCAGUGUAUGAAGUGUUCAUGAAGCCCUGCUUUAAGAACAUGAAGAUUUACUUGCCUGCGUGCAGACCACAGAUAUUCGUACAUGUAUAUAACUCGCCAUCAAAUGUUUCUGGAUAGAUGUAGUUUUAUAACUGCAUUCAGAGAUAGCUAGUGUUAGAGGUGUCGAUUUAGUGGUGGUGUUUUUUAAAUACAUUUAUAAAUAGGAUUGAAAAAUCCUGUCAGAAAUCUAAGAAAAAGGUGUAUAUAUAUUCCUUUAAAAGGAUAUAUAUAUAUAUAUAUAUAUAUAUAUAUAUAUAUAGGCUCAAAGACUCACACUCCCGCAGCUGCUCUCAACUACAUAUAUAGAUUCGACAUUCCUAAAGCUCCGCCUUUUAUGGUCUGUCAUCGGCUAAACCUGCUCAGUGCUUGCAAACGUCUUUGAAAGGCAUUAUAUAAAUUAAUUAUUGUUGUUGUCGUUAUUAUUAUUAUUAUUAUUACUCCUAAGAAGAGUCUCAGGAUUUUUUUUUCAUGCAUCGUAUAAUCUUAUGUAUUAAAACAAUGUUAUGUCUUUAUUGAAAGUAACUCUAUUGUGUUUCGACUUCCUUUGUUCCCUGUUAAAUUUGUUUUUCUUCUGAAAAUUAUUAUAUUAUAUUAUAUUUGAAAUUUGAAAAGUAUUAUAUAAAGAGCUUAAUAAAAACGUGUUUUGAUCCUA